AGUCAACAAAAAAGUCAUACCGUGAGAGUCAGUGAAAAAAAAAAACGUGAAACGACGAACGACAAAAUUUCAAUACAAAAAAAAAAUCAUAAAUCCAAUUUGUGUUUUGAACUCUACUGUAUACUUUUUUAUGUGUUAUGGACUUAUUCUUUAGUUGCCUUUAAUUGCAUAUUAUCGUGUAUGUUUUCGUGUUUUAUGAACAUUUAUGCCAAUGAUGCACAAGUAAUGAGCAAAUAAGUAAAAGACUAUGUGCACACUUGUCAGUUGAUUCAUACGAUAUGGUUUCGAAACUCCGUAAACUGUUUGACAAACAAUCUACAUCACGAUUAUGAUGCUGUACUCUGUCUCUUUAAGCGAUUUGAUAAAAAUUGAUUUGAUGGCAAAGACAUGAACUUAAAGCGAUAAGUCAUUAACCAAAAGAAUAAUAGAUGACUAUAGGACGGAUAAUCAAUGGCUUCUGCAUGAAAUUGCACUUGAGGUGUUUGAUAAGAUUGUAUGCGAUAGAACAACAGUGCCUCUAAAGAAUCGCAACAACCGAAAAGAACAUUGAAACAAGUGUUCGUUUUUUUCUUCUCUCGCACAAUAAAUAGCACGACAUUGACGCGAACUGAAUAGAAAACUUGGACAUGAGGAAAAUAUUCAAUAUGCGAUACCACGAAAAGUGUUUGUGUUUAAAUGUGUAAGCGAAUAAAAAAGGGGUAACUUAAUGAUAAAAACGAAUAUUUUACGAGUUUAAAAAUUGUCGAGAUAUAUAAACAAGACUUUUUCGGUAGAAAGGCUUACGGAAUGCUUGCAAGUGUCAAUAUUUAGGUUAAAAACUCCAUGACAUAAAGUUGAAAUUGUGCAAACAAACUAACCGCCACUGUUUCGAAGUCAUCGAUUUCGGCUGUUAUGAUUACUCACCGAUUUGCAACAUUGUUCUUUCUCAUAAACUGAAUUGAAGAAAUUGUGCACAGUUUUAUCGGAUAUUGAGAGCUUUCCUUUAAAUUAUUAUUGGUUGGAAUUAUCAACGAUACAUCCUGAUCAUUGUGACGCACCAAUGCGCCGUUAUGUGCAUUUCACAAAGAACGGAAAUUGAGUUAAGAAAAGUGGACCUCUAGUUGUGUACCGAAGUGAAAAAUGCAACUUAAACAAUGGGAAAUAACAAAAUUCAUUUGCUAGCUCAUUCAAUUGAAAUUUUUGCUGUUGCUGUUCGUCUACAUUUGUUGUGGGGCACAUUCUAGGCGAAACCUUUCUGAUUGAAUUAUGCCACUUUAUGUGCAAAUAAAAAAAGACGGAAAAUUGAGAAACACGACAAAGCAACGACGGAAUCGAAGGAAACGAGUGAAGUGGCCGCAGAUGUGAAUGUAUACCGUUGUUGUUGCCAUUGCUUUUAUUUAACAAAGAGGCAUAGAACAAAAAAAAAAAAACAGAGAGAGAAGAAAAUCAAAAUACCAACCAGCAAUUCAUUAUUAUUGCCGCGUAAAAUUGAUAUCGUUGAGAAACCAUCACAAUUGUUACUGACACUUCAUCAUUUCGAACGAUGGAUAAAAAUAAUUUACGCAAAAGGUAGAAAAGCGGAACAUGCAACAAAUAACGAACAAAAUGUGUAAAUGAUGGGCAUCGCAUACAUUUAGCGUCAGCAUUUGGCAAUUGAAACUGAAUUCGAAUAAUUGACAUUUAAAGGGGGGAGAAAAAAGAGAGAGAAAGAGAAUAGAAUCGAUUCAUUUGGAAUUAGCGGAAAAUUCAUACACUACAUCAUUGAAAAUUAUUGGAAUUGCGUUAUCCCUCCAUCAAAAUCUCAUCGCCUUUCGUCCAAUCGCCUUAUUUGAUAUUUAGUUUUUCUUUUGUUAUCCCUUUCUUCGAUAACCGAUUUCGAAAUAAGCUUAUUUAUGCAAAUGUUUCACCAACACAUUGUUGCAUCGUUCUAUCGUGUAACAAGACAUAUGGUUAAUUUUUUGUUUAAGCAAAUCGAGUUAAACGACAAAACUGUUUUGCGUUUAUCGUACUAGCAUUGUGGUGAAGGUGGAUGCAAUGAAACCAAAGCGACCAUCAAAUUAACAUUUUUGGAUGCGAACACGAAAUAGAAUACACAGAAGAAACAUUUAGAUAUGGAUAUAUAUUUGACGUUAUAGUAACAAAAUCGUGGAACGGACACACACAAACAGAGAGAGAGAGAGAGAGAGAGAGAGAGUGAGAGAGAGAGAAAGAGAAGGAAUAUCAAAUAAAAGAAGAAGGUUUAUAAGUCUCAAACGCAUGCCCUCCGGUGAAUUGAAGAUCGGACGAAAACGAAUAGGAAACGUAUACAGAUCAUCCGAAUAUCUAGAUUGCAUUCAAUGUAGCAACACAUUUGGACCAUUAACUUGAAUAUGGUAUUCAACAUAAAUAACAAAUGCUGAGUAUUUGCAACAACAAAAGCAAUCACAGAAUAGUUUAUGGGCCACCGUUGUCGAACUAGUAACUUUUACUCAACUAUUACAUUUGAAUUGAGAUUGAGAACGUGCUCCCUGUUUACUCAUUCAUACUGAUAACCGAAUACAAUAUAACGAGCACCAACUGCAGGUGUUACCAUUAACAUUGUCAUCGCAACCGUCAUUUCGAUCCACCGAAGCAAUAAACGAACCGAAAACAUGGGUUAUGUCUAUCCAAAAGCGGCUUUGCAUUCAACGUCGACCACAAUGGAUACGAUUUCCUUGAUAACAACCACCAGUACAACGCUUAUAACCGAAUUUACGGUCAACACAACUCUAAUAAGCAGCACAUAUGCAAGUGAUAUUCAAGUAAAAAAUAAUGCCACUCUAGACGAACCACCUGGACUGCGAUAUUCCAUACCACAAACAGUUGUAUUAGCAAUCAUUGCAACGGUGUUAAGUAUUUUAACGGUGGCUGGCAAUGUGAUGGUGAUGAUUUCGAUCAAAAUUGAUAAACAAUUGAAAACGAUUAGCAAUUAUUUUCUCUUCUCAUUGGCAAUCGCCGAUUUUGCCAUUGGCUUAAUAUCAAUGCCAUUAUUUACAGUUACAACGCUACUAGGUUAUUGGCCAUUAGGUCCAUAUGUGUGUGAUACGUGGUUAGCACUAGACUAUCUAGCAUCGAAUGCAUCGGUUCUAAAUCUGUUAAUUAUUAGUUUCGAUCGAUAUUUUAGUGUGACACGACCGUUAACGUAUCGAGCAAAACGUACAAAGAGUCGUGCUGCAUUUAUGAUAGGUGCCGCAUGGGGCAUUAGCUUGUUAUUGUGGCCACCAUGGAUUUAUAGUUGGCCAUAUAUUGAGGGAAAACGAACCGUACCCCAAUAUGAAUGUUACAUUCAAUUCAUCGAAACGAAUCAUUAUAUUACAUUUGGUACGGCGAUUGCAGCAUUUUAUGUACCUGUCACUGGCAUGUGUUACCUUUACUAUCGCAUUUGGCGCGAAACAAAGAAGCGUCAGAAGGAUUUGCCCAACUUACAAGCUGGCAAAAAAGAUUCAUCAAAACGAUCAAAUUCAAGUUUUCACCAUUGUAGCGAUGAAACAACGGCUGUCAAUCAUUCGGGAAUGAUAACACAAAUUGCGUCGAGCGAAUGUGAUGCAUACAGUUGGCGAAGGCCACGUUCUGAAUCAUCGGCAGAUGCUGAAAGUAUGUACAUGACCAAUCCGGUAUUAUCAGAUUCGGGAUUUACACGUCGAUCAAGUACAGCAACGGCUGGUGGUCCGCCCGGAUCGCACAAAUGCUAUGGCGGUAUCAAAGAAUGGUGCAUCGCUUGGUGGCAUUCAGGACGUGAUGAUUCGGAUGACUAUGGUUAUGAAGCUGAAGAUCCAUCUGACUAUGGAUACAAUACACCUGUGUCAAUAGAAACUCCUAUACAAAGCUCCGUUUCCAGAUGUACAUCAAUGAAUGUGAUUCGUGAUCCAUACACAACCAAUCGGCCAGGAUUGGUGAGCAUUAUACCGGAUGUUUCACCAACGCCAGCACGUCCACCACUCGCACCAUUAACACAAUUGCAAGAAAAUGCAUUUCCAGGUCCAAGAGAUUCACGAUCAUUACCGUUGAACACUCACCGUCUUGGUGGACGAUCUGUGAGCCAGGAUUCCGUAUACACAAUUGUAAUACGAUUACCACCGGGUGAUGGUGGUCAUGGUAAUGAGCAUGCACCAUCCAUUAAAAUGAUUCAGGAUGAUGUACCGUUAGCACUGACGCAUCCACCGAGACGACCACUACCGACACGAGACUCAGAUCUGGGCGAUGUUAAGCUCAAUUUAGAUGGUGUGAAGCUCAAUUCCGGUUUGCCGCUCAAUCGAAGGUUGUCACAUGCGCCGGACAUUCGUAUACCCUUAAAUGCAAAAAUAAUAACCAAAAAUUUGGCCAAACCGAAUCCAGUGCCGCGAGCCGCAAAAAAGAAGAAAAAAUCCCAAGAAAAACGGCAAGAAACAAAGGCAGCGAAAACCCUGUCAGCAAUUUUACUUAGUUUCAUUAUAACAUGGACGCCGUACAAUAUUUUGGUGCUAUUAAAACCAUUGACCGCAUGUACAAAAUGUAUUCCACAAGAAUUGUGGGAUUUCUUCUAUGCUCUGUGUUAUAUCAAUUCAACCAUCAAUCCAAUGUGUUAUGCUUUGUGCAAUGCCUCAUUUCGUAAUACUUAUGUUCGAAUUCUGACGUGUAAAUGGCAUACGCGAAAUCGGGAAGCAAUUUCGCGUGGCGUGUACAACUGAGACAACCAAAUAGCAAGUCACGCUUUUUAAGGACUUUGCUCAUUCAGACACACAUACACACACGCGCGCACACGUGCAUGGAAAACUUACGAAAAAAAACGACAAAUAUAGUAGUAAUAAAUUAAGGCUGCAACAAAACGUCACAAGGCAUAGGGAUGUGCUGAUCAAUUUGAAACAAAUAGUUUUUAACAACAAAAAAUGAAAACCAAAACCAAGGUUGAAAUUCAGUGAAUAUAUAAAGCCUAAGAAUAGGCGAAAUAUAAUCUUUGAUGGCAAUGAUGUGGUGGCGGAUAUUUUGCGAAAAUAUCGCGUAUUCUUAGGCUAAUUUUACAGUUACUUAAGUAACUACAAUGAACCAGCAAUAAACGUAAUGCUUUAUACGAUGCACAUAGGGAAAUUUUUUUGUACGUAUAUCAGUACGAAAGCGUACGGAAUUUUCGCAAUGUGUUGUGCGGUAUCCUGUCUGCUAAAAUCGCACAAAACGAAAACGUUCAAAUAGUUUUUACAAAAAUAUAAGACGUUGCAACCAUUUAUAUGUUUAAUAAUAUAAUGUAGCUUAGGAUAUAAAUCUAUGAUUCUUCGAUCGACCAUUACCAAUUUAUUUUACACCGUUUUGACCGCCAAUUUACAACAAUUACACCACGGCGUGAAUCAAUAUUUACAUGGUGCGAGUAAAACAAAACAAAAAAAACAUGCUGUUUUUACAUACUUCACAAUAAUUUUUCCUGCACAAUAGAAAGGUGACUUUUUUUUCAAUACAAUUUAAGACAUUCAUCCUAUUCGCCAUAAAGAAAAAGACCGUUUCAAUGCAGUGUGGAAAUCAUUUUUAUACGGCGUAUGAAAAAAAAAUAUAUAUGUAAUUUUAGGACGUAAAACUAUGGUUUUCAUAAUUGCAUUCAAGUACGAUAAUUGAAUGGUCUCCGACAUAGUAAGCAAUGACAAAACGAACACUAUUUGUGACGAUAGAAAAUGUUUAAUGGCAUAUAGAUUUAGCAAUUGAAUAGACGAAUUUCAAUGAAAACUAUUUAUAACAAGUUAUAAAGCGAUUUAAAUUGAAUUUUGAAUCAAUGUUUAAACAAACAAACAAAAAAAAUGAAAUGAUAAAACUCUCAAGAUAUUUCGAUAUUGAAUAUACGUUUAGCAAUAAAUAUAUAUAAAUAAGAGAGAAAUUCCACUGAAAGCGUGUGCGUACUGAAUGUUUAUUAUUGCGACCGUAGGCAUAUGGAUUUGUUUUGUUUUAAGGUGGAGACGUUUCUUCGCUUAGAACUUGAUAGCAAAAGAAAGCAAAAGACGCAAAAUACCCGAUUCAAAAUGUUUAAUACUUAGUGAGUGGAGUAGAGUGGAUACCAUUAAUACACCAGCACGUUUAAUAAAACAAAAAGUGCAAAUGUAAAAUUGUAUAUCCGACAAAUGAUUGCUUUAAUAAAUGUUUAUUAGUAAAGAAGAAUUUUUAUUAAGUGAAUACUAAAUGUUAAGAAAUUUAUAUAUGUAUAAUACAGAACAAAACAAAACAAAACAAAAAAAAAACACAUCCCAAAACUAUGAAUAUUUAAAAUCGAGAGAGAAUCUCAAGACAACACAAGCGACAGGCACAACAAAUCCCAGUGCUCCCUUGACACCUUGACUUACAUGAUGAAUCAUUUUUAUUCGUACAUUGGCAAAUGUAGCAAAAGGAUGACUGAACUUGAACAGAAAAGAAAUAACUAAGGAAAAACAGCAGUAACAAAUCACAUGCCAUACUCAUUUUCCGUAAUGUGAGGAAGACGAGAAAAAAAAUUCGAAGCACAUAAAAUGUUAAGGAGAUGUUUUUACGCAUCGGGAAUACCCUGUUGGUGAUAAAUGUAUAUUAUUGUGGGAACACUAUCUUAUGUUAAAACUAAUGUUAUUUGAUAAUUAUGUGGAGAAUAUGCGUGUAUCCUCAUAUAAUCAAGAGGCAAAAUCGAAUUGUAUGAAUACAGAAACAGAGAGCAACGUCAACAUAAUUUGCAUGAGCAUGAGCAACGUAAGACGAAUCUAUACGCUUCGAUAGAUCCAUGCAAUGAAUAUAUCAGUUAAAUUUUAGAGCAUUGGUAUAAUUUGAUUUUGUGACAAAUAGGACUACAAUGUGGGAUACAUCUAAGCGGAUAGGUCCAUUUGACGGUAUUCUCUGUGUAUGGCACUUUAAAUGUUAAUGCUUAACAUUCAUCUGGUACUAAAAAAAUUAAAUAUUUAUGCGUACACAAAUUUAUUAUUGGUAUAGUUUUAUUUAUUUGUUUUCGGAUUGAAACAAUUUCGAUCAUUUGCAGACCAAUCCAUUCGACUAAGAUGUUAUUAAUUGUGGUUUCGAAAUUUUCAACGAAUGAAAUUCAAUAAAACUUGUUCACCAUAAAUUACGUACAAUGAAAUUAUUUCGGUUCCUUAAACAUAGACAAAUGAAAAACCGUGGAUUCUUUGGGUUCGACGUAAGCGAUAAAACUUUGUCAAGCACUUUCAUUCGACCUUACUUACCGUAAACACACGCACACAACACACAUCUAAAUAUGUUUAACGUUCAUACCAAACAAAACGAGAAGAACACAAAUUUAGGAAAUUUAUACGAUGAAAAUUCAAAGCAAAAAACAACAACAAUUUGAGAAAAACAAUAACCGUAGUCCGUUUAACAACAAAAUAAUAAAUCUUUAACAAAAUUAAACGUACUACCAACUAUUUACUUAUAAAUGGCAAUAGAUGUUACAAAACUAAUUAUUAUUGAAAACAAACAGAACAUUUAGUACAGUUUAUUUUGUGACAAACAAACAAACAAACAAAAAAACACAAACAUGUGAAUAACUAACAAAUAAUGAAAAAUCAUUCAUAUAAAAUCGCAUCAAAUGAUGAAUGACAUGAACAUAUAUUUAUGUAUACAGUAAGCACCAAUCAAAGAAUAACCAACACCUUUCGCAUAAUGUCAAAAUGUGUCUCAAUCACAUACACACACACACACACAUUCAACACAUUUUAAUGGGAUUGAAAGCAUCAGGAAUGAAAACAAAAUAGAAAAUUUAACUUUCUUAGAUUCAAUAUUGAUUCGGUUAUUUCAAACAUUUGGCAACACUUUCGUUGAAUUAAUUCGAUGGAAGUUGAUGUGCUAAUAAACUGGCCUAAUAACGGUGCUAUGAUAUAUAGACAAAUGAGCACCAACUCAUUUUGGGCACUAACACGGUCAAUCGCACAAAUUAACCGAUUACAAAAAUGUGUAGGUUGAUGUAAAUAUUAUUCUUUCAUCCAAAAAAAAACGAAGUCGUUUUUUUGAAAACGACAUGUAAGAAUGGAAAUGAUCAAAUUGUUGUGAUUCAAGUUAACGUGUAUUUCGAAUUUUUCAUUAUUAACGGCAAUUUCAUUUUGGCACACAAAAUAUAUAUCAGCGCAACAAUGUCAGCCCGCCGAAAAAUACGAUUGAAAUUGAGAUUCUCAGAAAAUUAUAUGAAAGAAAAUAAAUAGAGAUAACAAUAAUAAUAAUACUAAUAAUAAUAAUGGAGCCGCAUUUCGUAUCACUCAAUAUAUUGAACACAAAACAUUUCCGCCGACCACAAUAUGAAAACCAAUUUGCGCAAAACACAACCCACACACACACACAGAGUCUCUAUAUUUUCUGUCUUCAUAUUUACAUUGAAAUGAACCAUUUAUUUCGUUUGAUUUUGAUUUGAAAUGAAGUCGAAUGAACGCAUUGUGCAAUCAAACGCAAUCUAGUCAUUGACAAUGGAAAAUUCGCAACAAGCAAUAGCUUAAGCAAGCAAAACUAUGUGUUGAAUCAAGAAGCAAAAAUGUAAGUGUAUGUGCGAAAUUUAGCAAAAUGUUACCGCUUCAAAAUUUUAUAACGAAAAAACUAAACGUGACGACUUAAUCUAUCGAGCUCAAUGGAAUAUUUUUUUAUUUUUUUAUCAUUUUACAUAGAGAAGCUCUUAAGAUGGCUGACAGUCCAUUGGUUAGAUAUAAAAUCACAUUAGAAAUAUCAUAGUUAAUACAAAUAUGUCUGAUAUAAAUGACGAAAUCAUAUAUAAGCUUAUUUUUUUUUUGGUUAAGGCUGUCACCCAUGGAAAGGAGGUAUGCUUUUAAACCAAUUGUAUGUGUCCGUUUAUAGAAGAACAUUUUCCAGUACGAUUAAAGCUGCCGAAAUAGCAUGCAACAAACUUUUUCAUAUUCCAACGUGUCAGUGUGAAGGCCGAGAUUUUUUUUACCUCGAAUAGUUGUUGAUUGUUCAUUUGUUUAUCUUUAAAUCUUGUUAAUAUGAAGAAAAAAAAAACUAUGAACGCAUUUUGACCGUCGAUUUGACGAUUCACCACUAACUGAUUAAUCAAUAAAAACAAUUGUCGUUUGGAAAGCUUUUAUGCUAUGCUCUAGAUACCAACACAUUUCGAUUUUAAUUGACGAACAAAUUUAAUAUGAUUUCAUAAGUAAUUAAAAUAUCUAAUCGAUUUUUAAUACUUCAUUAUGAAUUUAUGCAUCAUUUACAGAAAAGUCAUCAAUGCUGAAAUAUCGAUUUGACAUAAUCGAUGAAAACAUAGAAAUUGAAGGCCAAUAAACGCACACAUACAAAUUCGGAUUUGCAAUAGACAAUAUUCCAUGUUAAUAUUUAAAACAAAGCGUGUCAGCAUUAGAGAUUCAAAUUGAAAUAUAUCAACGAAAAACUAAUUUUAUUUGUGUGGAUGUAACCGAAGUUAAAUAAAUGUCGUCAUUAUCGCCUUUGCCGUUGCCGUCAAACACUUCAACAGAACCAAAAUAAUGAAUAUGAAAAAAAACAUAAUGACAGUGAAAACAAACUUAUUGAAGAAAUCAAAUGAAACAACAUUGUUUAUCUUAUUGACUGUUCCAAUUGCAUGUCCGCAAUUUAUAAAACGUUGAACAAAUUUCGAGUCGGUUAGACUUUUCGAAUUGCCGAAAUUAAAUUGGAAAAAUCAAUAGGGUUAUAAUAAUAAAAAUUCAUGGACAAUUUGUGGAACAUAGAUUUUAUCGUUUUUCAAAACUACGACAAAAAAAAACUUAUUGAUAUCAGACACGUGGAGUAUACACCUCCAGUUAGUUACACGUUGUAUACAAAAAAAAUAUUUAUGAACGCAUCGAUUCAUUUUAACGUACUUUCAUGACCUUAAAAAAAUUGUUUUUUAUUUUGGUACCUAUCAGGUGUCCAAUGAACACCUUUUUGCCUCGAAUUCGAAUACGAUGCGCAAUUUGUUGCCACAAAGCAUUGGGCCACAGCAUUUCAAGCAAUGUAUUCCAAACAAAAAAAAAUCAUCCAAAUACUAUAUCGAGAAAAUGUGCAGCAAAGUAAGCCAAAUGCAUCUCAAGUUUUUUUAAACCUGGCUUCAGUUAUAUGUCAAAUAAAUAUUUUUUCAAAUAGAAAGAAUCACACACAAAUGAACAUCCGCAACUAAAUCAAAAAAGAAACGGAUGGAAACACUUCAUGUUUUGAAGUAAAGGUAUUAAAGACUUUUUGUUUAUUUAAAAGUGAGAUAUGAAAACAAACGACAUGCAUUUGGAAAAAAAAUUCUAUUUUUAUGGAACCAAUUUAAAUCCCACUGAUAGUGAAUUGGCAUCUUAUCUUCACUGAAAAUCAUCCACUCACAACAUUCAUAUUUCGUAUGUGCCAAAAACUCAUUGUGUUUUUCUCCUGUUUUCAUUUAUCUGCUCAAUUUCAUCAGUAUAGUCGCAACACUAUUUUACUAUUAUUAGUACAGAAAUGCAACGAAAAUUUUCACCGACUACAAACACAACCGGAUAUUUUUGUAAUUGGUUGUUGUUGGAUGAUAAAAUUUAAUAAAGAAUGAAUGAAAAGAAGAAAAAAAAAUACAUUUUGGUGACAACAUUACUUUAGAUAAACAGUUAUAUUUUUUUAUUCAUAUGUUCUUAUCAUUUACUCAAAUCAAAUGAGCGAUGGAAAUUUUCCGUAUGAUCUCAUCUGAUAAGAAAAUAAUUUCGAUUCAAAAUUAUUUGCCCGGAGACCAAUUUCAUAAUAAUAAAAUCACAUUGGAUUUCCCCAAUUUUUUUGAUUUACUUCAUUUCUAUUCUCCUUCAUGUGUUCUAUCGUUCAAAAUUUGAAGAAAAAAUCAAUUCUUUUAUGAUUUUGAACGAUUUGAAAUUAUACUCAAUGUACGAAUAUAACAUAAUACACACAUCUCUAUGUUAGAUUAGAGAUAUAUUUGAAUUGCAUACCAUUUGGCAGAAAUGCAAUGUUUUCCAUACAAUGACCAUUUGGUUACCAUUGCAAGGAUAUCGAAAGAGAUAGAAUUGAAGAUAUACAUGUUAAUUUACCUUUUUGUAUGUUUUUGUUAAAAUCACAAAAUAGAUAAAAAAAAUGAAAAUUAUAACAAUAAAAAAUAAAACAUUUAAUACAA